GAUCAAAAAGGCAUGAGAUUAAUUGUUUAUCAUAACUUUAUAUAAUAUUAAUAAACAAUUCGCUGGCAAGCCUCCAACUUUCGAUGGUUCUGUUCCGUUGAUACAAGUGCAUACUAUACUAUGCUGAGAAGUGCUGAUUGAUCAUAUGUUGUAAGAGAUUCGCAGCUGACCACACUAAGACAUACUAAUUGGAUAUCCAGUAUUUUCAGACGAUGUUUUAUUCUGCAACCUUACUUGUGGUGUUUGGCUUAAUUAAUGAUUUUGUCACAUGCGCAGAAUGGAGCUACAGUUCACCAUAUGGCCCAUCAAACUGGACGACUAUGCAUGGCAAUGCAGCUUGUGGCCUGAGGGCACAGUCACCAAUAGACAUUCCAGAUGCAACGAACGCUCAAUAUGACGAAAUGCUAGUACCGUUUGUAGUUAUGGGAUUUGAAAAGAAAACAAAUGUUUUAAAACUUGUCAACAAUGGACAUACAGCUCAACUUAACAUAAUAGGAGAUUUAAAAGUAUCAGGCGGAGGUUUAUCAGGAACUUACAACACUGCUCAGUUACAUUUCCACUGGGGCAGUAGUAGUAACAAAGGCUCAGAGCAUCUACGUAACAGAACGAGGUAUCCCUUAGAGAUGCAUAUAGUCAACUAUAACAGUAAAUAUGAUAGCCUAACAAAUGCUGCUCCAAAACCAGAUGGUCUUGCAGUACUGGGUUUUUGGUUUAAGGUUGUAGCUGAAGACAACAAAAUGUUUGCCAAGUUGGUGAACAAUCUCACAAAAAUACAAAAUGCAGACGACGAAGUCGAUGUGACAGAUGUUCUAGUUAGUGAUUUAAUCAUUCCAAAACUUGACAAAUACUACAGAUAUAAAGGCAGUUUGACAACUCCGCCAUGUUAUGAAAGUGUCACGUGGACAAUGUUUGAAGAGACUAUUCCCAUUUCAGAAAAUCAGUUACGACUAUUCAGAAAUUUGAAAGAAAAAAAACCAAACCACAAAAUUGUCAACAACUUCAGGCCAGUCCAGCAGUUAAAUGGUAGAAGAGUAAGCAGAAGUUUCAAGUUAGAAACAGACGGAGCUAACACUAUUUGUUCAUCGUCAAUUGUAACAGUUUUAUUAGUUUACCUUCUACAUUUGUUAUGAACGUUGUAGACAUAGGACCUUUAAAAAAGGCAACAUUGAAAGUCAUGUACAUUGAUCAGUUGAAUUUAAACUUUGCAAAUUUAGCCUUAAAUUUCUCGAUUGACGAUGUUUACUCAUAGGUCUAACUGCAGUGGCGGAUCCAGAACUUUUCAUAAGGGGGGCCCGCUCCAGUCAUGCUUCAGUGAUUCCCUAUAUAAUCAAUCAAAUUUUCCCACGAAGGGGGAGGGGGGGCGGGCCCCCCAGGCCCCACCCUGGAUCCGCCUAUGAACUGCUAUAUAUGAGUAUUACCCAUAAGUCUAACUUCACUGGUAUCCAUAAGUAUAAAUAACUGGUAACAACAUUUUAGGAUGAAAAGGGCGAGUAUUCUUCCUUUAAUAGUAUUUCUUUCAAUGUUAUAUAAUUGUUAUCUCAUACUAUUUACUCAGUAAACUUCGUCCAAGCUACGAAAAUAAAAAAAAUCUUGUAAUUGUAAUUCCACAACAACGUAUCGCCAUUUCCGGGAUAUUUGGAAAGUUGUAAUUUGAAAAAGCAAAAAUAAAUAUUGUGACAAGUGGAGAAUUCAGUAUUCCAUAAAAUGAAUCUGUAAGAUUUUGAAUUGGGCUCGAUAUAUUUCUUAAUAUCAUCCCAAACAAUGACUUUUAUGUUGUACAUGUUUCAAAAUUUGGUCAUGAUUUGUUUCCUGUGAAAAGUUAAUGUUGAUAAAAUAGAGUUAAUAUUUCUUGUGUUGGUACUGAUUUUUUAGGGGGAUCUUUUAUUGGUUUUGUUGUUUUGGUGGUUCGUUCAUUAACAAUAACCAAUCAUCGUCUGCUAUUUAUUAUCAUAAUAAAGAAUCAUGUCAGUGCCACUAUAAAUAAUCAUGUAUAAUUCAAAAAAUAUAUUUCAUGAUAUGAACGGUAUAAUCGUUGAAAUGCUUUAGUUGUAUUCUUGUAUUCUUGUAUAUAUUCUAAACAAAACAGUAUUAGAACAAUGCAGAAUGGGAACAUUUAUCAUAAUUGUCAUACUAUUUUUAAAGCUGCAUGUUAGCUCCCCUUAACCCAAAGUGUCCUUUGAUGUUUACCCUUCACUUGACGCUUGUCAUCUGUUACAAUAGUCUAUUGUUGGCCUUUUUGUUGAGGAAAUAAGAUAUCUAUGUUACGAUAUAAAACAACUUUUUAAAUGACCACCACAAUGCUACUUUCGUUGAUAUAAAUAGAAAGUUCUGCAAAUAAACAGAAGAAGGCUUUCAAUCAGAACCGGGGUAAAUAUGCUUUAAUUUAUUGGGAUCAAGAAUGGCCAUUCUGCAGCAUAGGUAAAAAGUAAUAGAAAUAUGCUUUUUAGAAGCUUUAGUUUAAAUGAUGAUUUUUGAUUUACUUUCAAUUAAUUAUAAUUGCUUUAUGUAAUAUAUAAUUGCUAUUUUGCUGUACAAUAUGCAUAAUAAACCAAUUUAAAAUCUU